UACAGUUGUGUUUGUGUGUCUGACGAGUCAAAAAUUCGCCAUAAAGUUCAUAAUAAAGUUCCGGAUGUAAUUUACGUAUGUAACGGACAAAACGGCGGGAAGACAGCAUUCAAAACGUCGUGCUGCUCGCAUUUUCGGUUGUAUUUCGGACGCGGAUUGUCGAUAAACAGGAAUCCAUUUAGAAUGUCCACCAGUGCAGUUAUUCACUCCCCCGCGCAGCGUCGCCACGCCCUGCCCCUGUCCCUCUCUCUCGAUCCAACGAACUCGAAGCGACCACUUCUCCAGCAACAACAACAACAACAUCAUGAACAACAAGAAACACCUGCACGCCAGUAUAUGCUCAUUGAAGAUGAGGUCCACGGUGUAAUUGAGCUGCCCAGACAUAUACAAGAAAUUGUGAACCAUCCUCUGUUCCAGCGUCUAAAACAUGUUCACCAAUUGGGUCUAAUACCGUGGUCUCUCAAUAAGGCAGCCAAUCACAAGCGCUACGAUCAUUGCCUCGGGGCCUACAAAAGUGCCCAGGAUCACCUAAGGGCCAUCGAAAGAAACUCUCGCUAUGAACCAAAACUUCCGGACUGGUGUCGUCAGGCAGUGGAAAUAGCCGCCCUCCUUCACGAUAUUGGACAUGGACCGAUGUCACAUGCCUGGGAGCUUCUAUGUCACCAUAGUUUUGAUCACGAGGAAAAUGCCAUAGCCUGUGUGGAUCUCAUUUUCAAUGAUGCCCUUGAUCAGGAGCUGGUCUCCUUGAGGGACGAUGGAAGUGGCCGUGGAGUACAAUUGAUAAAGGCUCUCAUUCUGGGCUGCAGUGACUCCCUGUCGUUUCCCAUGAUGGGACAUACCUAUAUCUUUGAUAUCGUUCACAACCGACGCUGCGGAUUGGAUGUCGACAAAUGGGAUUACCUGCGCCGUGAUAACAAACGCUUGCAAAUUCUCAGCGCAGUCGAAAUGGAUUUUGAUGAUGUAUUCCUUCAGGCUCGCAUAUCGGCCGAUGGCCAACGCAUCGAGUAUCGUUAUCAGGACUAUCAUCGCAUAUAUCGCUUGUUCGAGGCAAGAACGCGCCUCCACGUUGCUGCUUAUCAAAAUCCCCUGACAUGUGCCGCGGAUGUUAUUUUUACCAAAGCAGUACAACGUUUGGCCCCUGAACUAUUGAACAUUCGUUCCAAAGACCCAGAUUGGCUCAAGCUAACCGAUGAACUCGUUUUAAAUAUUAUUGAAGCGGAUCCCAUAUCGAGAUAUAUUAAGGAACCGCAGCGAAUUGUAGAAGUAUCGAAUGGGAACUGUUCCGGAUCAAAUGUAAUACGGGUGCAGCGAGGUAUUCCUGGACCUUGGGAGGCUAUGAAAUCAGAAGAGGCGUUCGCCUUUUUUGGAAACAAACGCAAAAAGCGUCCAGUUAAUCGAUGCUUAAGCCCGACCAUAAUCAACAAGUGCUACAAGUUAGAUUAAAAAUCUCGAGCAAAGAGUUCCCAGUUAAUUCAUGUUUAAGCCGUCAACCACACGUAUGUUAUUGUUUUGCUUUCAUUUCGCUUUCUAUAUUUUAAUAAACUAUGACUAUGUAUUAGUACUCGUAAAACUGUUAUCCGUUAUUAUGUUUGAGUAUCGUUGAUUUUAUCAGUUGUUUGCUGCAGUUAUUCACUUUUCUGUUUUCCAUUUAAUAGUCACAAUAGUACAAAAGCAAAUUGUUCUUAAAAUAAUCGUUUAUUAGUUUAUACAUUGUAUUAUCUUAAUCGUCUUAAAGCUAAAAUACUAAAACAAAAAUUUCAACAGUUCACUUGAAGACAUCACAAUUCAAAUUCAGGUCUUUCUAACAUUAAGUACUUACUAAACAAUAUAAAUAUAAAUGGAUUUGUCAUAUUUUUGAUAACCACAUUGAAAUAUACACAAGAGAAAACAA